AAACAUUACAAAAAGACUAUCUAUGACUUAUCUACAUUGAGGGAACUUCGCGUGUGUGAAUGUCGAUGAAUUAUUUUUAAAUUCAACAUUUAUAUUUAGAUUUCUAAAAAUUCUUACAUUUCGUAUUUUGUACUUAGUAAGAGAAGCGCACGUUCUAAACGUGCUACUACACCGGCGCGCUACAAAUGCGGAAACAUGUGUUUUGAUGUGAACAUCAAGUCUUAAAGUGACAACAAAUCGUGAUUUUUUUCGUUUGUUCUGUGAUUUGUGGUCAUCAAGAAGUUAUAGAACCGUGUUCUACAUAAAAAUGUUUUGCUAAAAGUGUCGUGGAAAAAGAUGUUAAAUAGUGAUUUCCGGCAAUGACGAAGUUUUACUAAAACUAGGCGUGUUCUUGACGUUCCGGACCAGGUAUGGCGAAUUCCGGAAUGGGGGGUUCCUUCGACCCCAAUGACAUGAGCAGCUGGUACUUUCACGGCAUGACGCGGAAAGAAGCUACAGAUCUGCUCCUUAAUGAGACUGAGAGUGGCGUGUUUCUGGUCAGGGAUUCGAAGUCCAUUGUUGGAAACUACGUUCUUUGCGUCAAAGAAGCAGGUCGGGUGUCGAACUAUAUAAUCGAUCGCAUCGUUUCACCCGACGGCUCGGUGCUCUUCCGCAUCGGAGACCAGGUGUUCGUGGACAUGGCGGCGCUGUUGUCGUUCUACCGCGUCCACUACUUGGACACGACGGCGCUGGUGAGGCCCUACGCGAGGACGGCCAUCGCUCACCAGCCUCCGCAGCAGAACCAGACCCUAGAGAUAGUUAUCGCGAAGUUCGAUUUCGCUGGCAACGACGCAGACGACCUCCCGUUCCGGCGCGGCGAGAAGCUGGCGGUGGUGAGUCGCGACGAGGAGCAGUGGUGGACCGCGCGCAACGUGCACGGCCGCACCGGCUCCAUCCCCGUGCCCUACGUGCAGAGGAUGGCGGACAUGUCUGCGGAGUCCCUGGAGGCCCCGGCCCCGCCCGUCAACAAGAACUCCCACCUCACCAACAUGGAGCGCAAGCUGCCCGCCCUGGCGCGCGUGCGGCAGGCCCGGGUGCCCAACGCCUACGACAAGACGGCCCUCAAACUUGAGGAAGGAGACAUCAUUAAGGUCACAAAGAUCAACAUCAACGGGCAGUGGGUCGGGGAACUGAACGGCCGGACCGGACACUUCCCCUUCACAUACGUCGAGUUCCUGGACGAGAACACGCCCAGCUAGAUGCACCCCCCCAACCCCCGACACCUCCCCGGGACGCAUUUAUUUCCAAACAUAUAAACCCGUUUUUAAUACUUUAUUGGUAUUAGUUUAUUAUACAAUAGGAAUAAAUACGCGCCUUUAUUAGAAUGGAAUUGAUUAGUAAAACUACAUCGAAUUUUUGUAAACUUUACACUUAUUCAAUCAAACACCGUCGCGUCGAUACGUGCCUGUUUGUUGCAGGAAUUUGAUUGAGAAACGUAAAAUUCGAAAUUUCAUUAUAAUUUCUUAAAUUGGAACAAUACCUUGUACCAUAACGGUUGGAUUAAUUAAUAACCUGUGAAAUAUUAUUUUGUUAUCGCGUAUUAAUUGCACAGGCGUUGUACGCGUUCUAUACUAUGCAUAAUGACGUAUGUAUGUGGUGUGCACCCUCGUGUGGAUAUAUGACAAGAUAGGAUAACUAUAUAACAUAUAAAUAACAAAGUAGACGAAUUAAUUUGAAUCAAUUACUAAAUUCGUAUUGAAGAUGUCGCUAACCUAAAAUAAAAUUAUACUACCAUAUUAUUAUACAUUAUAUAUUCCAUGAAAAUAUAGGCACAUGGCUACGUGCCCCUCAUCAUUGUACGACACAUCCUAAAGUUACUAACAUAAUUAUUAACAAAUUGAACUGGUAUAAAAUGUGUUUGAUGGCAACCCUGGCGGCCACCACUCCCCUCCGCUGCCGAUUGCACUAUUGUAAAUUAAACUCAACUGUAAACGUGGGAGGCUACACAGCGCCGCGCCCCCGGACAGUUCGGGGUAGACACGAGCACCCCCCGCGAUCCCUUACCCCGGGGUACGCAGUGGCCCCACGAGUCUAGGCUUGUACUUGUGUCGUUGCCAAAUUAACUCGUCGACAUCCUUAAGUAUUUCGAACUAACACUCAUUCGUCGCGUAUGUAAAUAUUAGUUAUAAAACGGCGUUCGUUUUGAUUUAUUAAAUAAAUAAUAUCAAAAGUAACGCAAAAAGCUCUUCCAUGAAAAUAUGUAGUCACUAGUUCGUGAGGACCCGGAGACGGCCGGCCCCAGCCGAAACGCUUUUGAGGUCCUCAUGAAUAAACACAUAGAAAUAUUUUUAUAAUAAUUGCUAACGCAAAAUGUAUACAAUGUAUUAUGUAUUAAUUAAUUAUUUAGUUAUUUUAAUUACGUCUUCGUUUGUAAGCUCCAAUCAUUACCACUCGUAUAGACGGUCGCCGUGGCGUACUAACAAAUGACGUCACUAAGUUGUCUACAGAAGCAGGUGUACGUUGUGUGUUGUGUACCGAGUAAGUAAGUUGCUCGUGAUAUGAAAAGCUGGCUCGUUUUUACUUUUCGACAAGCUACUUUAUAACUAACUUUGUUUUAAUGAAAAAGUUCAAGUGUCGCUGUUCGAAAUCAGAAAAUAAUGCCAAAAAUGGAUGUGGUUACAAUAUUAAAAAAAAAAAAAAACACGACUUCGCGGUAACGGCGAGGACGAGUAAUAUAGUUUUUAAGAUAUGAAUUUCUUUGUCAUUUUGCAUCUAGUUUCGACGCUGGUAUCAGAAAAAAAAACUUAACCCUUUGGCUAACACGUAGGUCACCGGUGGAAAUAGAUUCGUCUUUCCCAGUCCACUAGGUAUUCCGCACCUUAAUAACAAGAUCGAACCCAUGCAUCAGCCCGCUGAGUUUCUCAGCGGGUCGCGAUUCGGAUCCGGUAGUAGAUUCAUUCGCGAAGCAGUUGCUCUGAGUUGUAAUUCCACCCCUCCUGGCUGAGCCUUUGCUCGCCCACCUGUCCUGGUGAAACUGGAAAGGCUGCUGGGCCACCAGUAAUCCUUCAAUCAUAAAAAAACCAGAUCGAAAAGACAAAUCGACAUAAUUACUUCAGUACGCCGCGUAAGGCACCGGUGACCUACACAGCAGUCAAAUGGUUGAUGGUAUUAUGUGACCGUUAUAUGUAUUUGAGUUUCCUUAAACUAUUACUGGUGGUAGGACCUCUUGUGAGUCCGCGCGGGUGGAUACCAUCACCCUGCCUAUUUCUGCCGUGAAGCAGUAAUGCGUUUCGGUUUGAAGGGUGGGGCAGCCGUUGUAACUAUACUUGAGAUCUUAGAACUUAUAUCUCAAGGUGGAUGGCGCAUUUACGUUGUGGAUGUCUAUGGGCUCCAGUAACCACUUAACACCAGGUGGGCUGUGAGCUCGUCCACCCAUCUAAGCAAUAAAAAAAAAUUAAAUUCGUAUGCUUAAUACAGCUGAAGAAACUUAAAACCAUGCUCACAUAUACACAACUUACAAUCUUACGUCGAAGUAUUUAAUGAAAUAGCUGAGAAACUAUCGAAGGCAUAUCUGUGUGAGACAUUAAAUAAUCGACCGACUCAAAUUGUAGAACCAGUUUUGUGGACAGGGAACUUUACUAAUAUGCGAAAACCUGAUCUGCAGCGAACUGUAGGAAGAUGGGGUAAAAUACUCUUAAUUAAAUAAUACCGGAUUAAUUAUUUUCAUAUCCAAUAAAACUACAGAAUUUUAACGUUAAAGUUCUUCAUGGUAUUUACACUAUUAAUUAUGUUUAAUAAUUAAUUUAAUUGAAGCUAGCGCUUGUUUUGAGGCCUUUUUACAAUCGCCAAUUGUAACAAAGUCAUGUUCAUAUUGAACAGUUAAUUUGACUUUAUUAAUGGCACAAGUUAUUGGCGGGAGUCGUUAAUGUUUGUCGAUUGUAAAGAUGUUGUUUUUAACGUACCAAAUGUUAUCAUUGUAAAAAAAUCAUUUUUAUUUUAGUCUAUGGUUAUAAUGAGAUUACCUGUCUAUGUAUAGUAUGUAAGUAGUACAUCUGUAAAACAAUUUUUAAAUCGUCAUUAUUAUUAAUAUUAUAAUUUUAUUAAGUUAUCUGUAUCUUUUUUGGUAAUAAAUUUUAAGAACGA